AUGCCUACAGCCACAGAACCGAAAUCUUGGGAGGAAAUUGAGCAAUUACCAAAAAAAGAACAACUUGCUCUUCUUCAACGGAAACUAGAGAAAAGAGAGCCGGUCGAAAGGUUCUCGGACAUAAAAGUAGGCGAUCAUCUGAUUAAAAAGACAUCCAUGUGUGGCAAAGUGUUGUACUACCAUCAUUUUGUUUGCACCAAAUUGGAAAGCGAUGGUCGACGAACGAUUAUCCAUUAUCAUAAUACAUCUUCCAACGCAAGCGGUGAAUGUUUGUCAACUAGCUCGUUUGGCUCGGGUUGUUGUGGCGGAAAACUUGCUAGCAUAAAAGAAAUAACCUUGCCGCACAAGGACCUUGUUGAAAGCGAAAGCGAAUUACAAAAAGAAGGAGCCGAAGUCGAAAGAGUUGUCUGGCCAGAUGAACUGAAAUGCUAUCCUGACCAAGAGGUCAGUAAAAGAGCCAAGGGAAGGUUAGGUGAAAAGGACUACGAUUUGGAAAAAAAUAAUUGUGAAUCUUUUGUUAUGUGGUGUAUAUGUGGCAGGAACACUAGCUUGCAGUCUGCUAAACCCUGGUUAAGGAAAGUGUUAGAAGUCGUCAAUGGCGGUCUUGUGUCGUUUUAUCAACUUGGUAAAAACCUUCCGAAAGUGAUUGUGGAGAUUGUUGAGCAAGAUAUGGGAUGUUCUUGUCUGGGGAAUGUGAUAGCAGAGGAAGGCAUUGAAAGCUUGUCAUUGAUAGGGUGUACUGCUGGAGUGGUUGUGCCACUGGUAAUCGAUGUUGUUUCCUUGGUGUACAGUAUUUGGAAAACAAAACAGAAGUGGAAAAGUGAAGUAAUAACCAGAGAAGCGUUUAUCCAGGAAGUUGUUGGUCUGGUAAUUACAGGUUUGUUUAAAUUUAUUGGAAGUGUCGCAGGAAUGUUUAUUGGUCAGAUAUUCAUACCUAUUCCCUUUGGCGGUGCAAUAAUCGGGUUAUUUCUUGGAAGCUUGUUUGGCUUUUGGUUGGGCAAACGCGUCUCGUCGUUAUGUUUAAAGCGUAUUGCUUCUCUUUGGAAAAGCGCUACUCCUGAUAUCAUCCAAACCUGA